AUGGCUAUAGCAAUGCCAGACACAGAUGCUGCCUGUCCGCUCAAUACGGUGGCUGUGGUCCCGUACGACCUCCCGCCGUCCGCUUCCUCUGCCUCGCGCUCGCGUGCAGCGUUGGACGCCUCAGCGCGGUCCGCAGGCUCGCUGGUCUCGGCUGCGUCGAAUCUGAUUGGCGCCAUUGCGCAGGGCACCGCAUCUGCCCAGGACGGGCAGUCUGAAACUCUUGUCGACGACUCCGAAAGCGACGAUGGCUCGAGCUCGUUCACGUACACCGCGCCGGCAGGCUCUUCCAGCGGCACCCAGGACGGCGGCUGGUACGCCUCGACGCCGUACCACAUCUCCAACCGAUACUACGAAGUAGACAUCACGCUCAAGGCCACGCGAUCUGCGUUAUCUUCCGCCGCUGCGGAGGGUAAUGUGCUGUCACAGCCCUUCCCUGCGUACCUCGUAGUUGUCGACCGCAGCCGCAGCCUGGAUCAUCAUCGACAGCUCGCCGCCAGUCUCGAGUCCAAGGUCGCUUCGGGCUUUGACGCGGACAUCAGCAUAGUUGUGGGCGUGUCUCUGCUCUCGUCAUCGCAUCCGCAACUGGUGCGAAAUUUCGAUGACGAGCCACGUUCCGCGCCAACGGAGGCUCGGAACGAUGUUGUCAAAACGAGCGAUCUUGUGGCGGUGUACGCCGAUGCAGGAUGGGAGUUCAUCGCGAUUGAUGAGGCGGACGCAGACGGCUCGGAUGUAGUGUCGAGUCAGGGCCAUGGAUCCGAUGGUGAAGACAGCGAAGAGGGCGGCGAUGGCAUCGGGAGGAUCCGCGAGGCACUCAUGAACCACAUGUGGAAUGGACUAGUGCGCAAGCAAGAUGCGACGAGUGGAUUGCGCGGAUCGUUGCCAAGGGAGAAUCACUCGUCUAUCACCAGCAACACCUUGUCAAGCAUCGGAUUCUCCGACGAUACGACCGCAUGGCGCCAAGACCGACAUGACCCGAUCGAGCAUGGGCCGCGUCUUGCUGGUGCAGGGGAGGAAGCGAGGCGCGAGGCGAUUUCAGAAGGGGCACGACUUCCGUCACUGGGCGUGGGAACGCAUGCAGAGACGAGCGAGCUGGACGAGCAACUGGCCAACCUGUUUCUCUCAUCAUCCCGUCCUUCUGACCUGGCUGAACUCGAAGCGUUUCUGGCGUCGGAAGAUCCGUCGUGGCCCACUGCGUCAUCAUCCUCUGCACCUGCUCCGGCUGCUCCGGCUGCUCCUGCAUUCGACGAUGAUUUCGACGACUUUCUUCCGUUCCAAUCAGCCGGCUCUUCCGAAGCAUGGCCUACGCCCGAGGGUGCGGAUCUUCCGUCGGACCGCGAGGUUGCCGACAUGCAGAACGUGCUCUUUGGCUCGCAAACGGGAUCAAAGGAGGACGAGGGCGAUCUGGUAUCGCAGCUCAACCAGCUCCAGUACCACGCGCAGCGCGUGCGCGGCAUCGACGACCCGGACCAGCGCAGGAAACAAGCUGCACUCAUCGCGCUUGCUUUCAGCAUGCAGUGGUCUGAAUCUGAACCCCAACAAUCACGACCCGACGGAUCCGACGAACUGGCAUUCUAG